GUGAGAUGUGACGCGCUGCCGGAGCAGCCAGACACGACGAUCCAGUGUUGUUGAUGAAGAAUAAAAAUGUUCUACCAUCGAGGGAAAGUCUGCGCUAUUCAUGCGCCUUAUCCGUUAUAACGGUAAGCAUUUACGCAUAAGGACACAUUUGUAUCUCUGAAUGUUUCUUGUUUUCCAAAAGAUUCACUUAAUCGCUGCGUGAUAUUGCAUUGUUUUGAUGGUCAUGCAAGAAGAAAAUGUAUGAGCUGACACCAUUAUUAUACUUUUUUAAAUGAGAAACUGGAUGAUAAUGCGCAAUUUGAGCGCAUAACACAAUGAUUACUUGGAUUCACUAUAUAGAAUAUUUUCUAAUACAUUGGAAAGUCGACGAUACAUAUCCUCCGUUGAUAAAUACAUUAUAGGCUAUGAUCAUCGUGAUGGUAUCAUGUCAUUGUCCCUUGGUGACUUGACGUCACUGUGAAUGUGCAGUGUGCAUAACUUCACUUUUGUGCGAAGACAGUUAUUGAUAUCCAAGUGCGUUUAUGGCAAGUUUUGCGACAAGAGUAAACUUUCUUCAGAAUGAUUCUCUCCUUUAUAUUACACACACCAAUAUAUAUAUUCAUUCAGAUACUCUUAGGAAAGAAAGUGGAUGAAGUGUUUCCAAAUCACGGUCUCAUAUCUAGUUUCUCUACCAACAGUGACCCACACCAACAUCUGCUCAUCCGAGUGCGCAGACACACACAAACAGACACAUACCACAAACCUGCAGUGUGUGUGUGUGUAUGUGAGUAUGUGUGUGUGCACACCCAAGUGGAUUUUAUACACUGCCUGAGAGGUAAUGCAUAACAUUGACAUUAAUAGUGAACCACUUCCUUAUUUGGGUAGGAUGGCUGAGUGCCUCCCCUGUGAUCUCUGUUCUCUCAGCCAAUGAGCUGACCACGUGCCGCUUGACCAAUAGAGCUUAGGCAUAUAAACAGUGUCUUUAGCCAAGGGCUUGCCUAGGGCAGUAUGUAUGUGUGUGUGUGUAGGUUGUUGUACUUGAACCAAGGCCUGACAAUACCGCUAGAGGCAUUCGUGCUGUCCAGUCUUACAGAGGACUAGCCCAUAGAUAGACAACAGUCAGAGAUCUAUGAUCAUCUUACCUCCCCCAAUCCUUACUAACCUUCCAUUAGAUACUAACUGACCUUUCAUCAGUGUCUAUGGGCAUCUUUAUCCCUUCAGAGUCUACAUUCUGCCAGCUGCACAGCAGCCAGACUGCAUCACUUCCUGCUUUACCAGGGCUUGUUGCCUGACCCACCCACAGAGACGGCCUGGGUUACAUACUGUUACUGUGUGUGUUAUAGCUACUGUAUGUGCUUUUCUUUUUUUGUGAUGAACAUAAAAAUAAUAAUAAUGUGUCUCCCUCCAGGGUGUACAGUCGUGGUCAAAAGUUUUGAGAAUGACACAAGUAUUGGUCUUCACAAAGUUUGCUGCUUCAGGGUUUUUAGAUAUUUUUGUCAGAUGUUACUAUGGUAUACUGAAGUAUAAUUACAAGCAUUCCAUAAGUGUCAAAGGCUUUUAUUGACAAUUACAUUAAGUUUAUGCAGAGUCAAUAUUUGCAGUGUUGACCCUUCUUUUUCAAGACCUCUGCAAUCCGCCCUGGCAUGCUGACAAUUAAAUUCUGGGCCACAUCCUGACUGAUGGCAGCCGAUUCUUGCAUAAUCAAUGCUUGGAGAUUGUCAGAAUUUGUGGGUUUUUGUUUGUCCACCCGCCUCUUGAGGAUCGACCACAAGUUCUCAAUGGGAUUAUGGUCUGGGGUGUUUCCUGGCCAUGGACCCAACAUUUCGAUGUUUUGUUCCCCGAGCCACUUAGUAAUCACUUUUGCCUUAUGGCAAGGUGCUCCAUCAUGCUGGAAAAGGCAUUGUUCGUCACCAAACUUUUCUUGGAUGGUUGGGAGAAGUUGCUCUCGGAGGAUGUGUUGGUACCAUUCUUUAUUCAUGGCUGUGUUCUUAGGCAAAAUUGUGAGUGAGCCCACUCCCUUGGCUGAGAAGCAACCCCACACAUGAAUGGUCUCAGGAUGCUUUACUGUUGGCAUGACACAGGACUGAUGGUAGCGCUCACCUUGUCUUCUCCGGACAAGCUUUUUUCCAGAUGCCCCAAACAAUCGGAAAGGCGAUUCAUCAGAGAAAAUGACUUUACCCCAGUCCUCAGCAGUCCAAUCCCUGUACGUUUUGCAGAAUAUCAGUCUGUCCCUGAUGUCUGUCUCACUGCCCUUCUUGACACCAGGCCAUCCUCCAAAAAUAGUGAUCUCCAGCCUUGUCCUCGUCAACACUCUCACCUGUGUUAACGAGAGAAUCACUGACAUGAUGUCAGCUGGUCCUUUUGUGGCAGGGCUGAAAUGCAGUGGAAAUGUUUUUUGGGGAUUAAGUUCAUUUUCAUGGCAAAGAGGGACUUUGCAAUUAAUUGCAAUUAAUCUGAUCACUCUUCAUAACAUUCUGGAGAAUAUGCAAAUUGCCAUCAUAAAAACUGAGGCAGCAGACUCUGUAACCUCCCGAGUGGUGCAGUGGUCUAAGGCACUGCAUCGCAGUGCUAGCUGUGCCACUAGAGAUCCUGGUUCGAAUCCAGGCUCUGUCGUAGCCGGCCGCGACCGGGAGACCCAUGGGGCGGCGCACAAUUAGGGUAGGGGAGGGAAUGGCCGGCAGGGAUGUAGAGCAUGGCGUUUGCAAUGCCAGGGUUGUGGGUUCGAUUCCCACGGGGGGCCAGUAUGACAUUUUUUUUAAAAAAUAAUAAUGUAUGCACUCACUAACUGUAAGUUGCUCUGGAUAAGAGCGUCUGCUAAAUGAUGUGAAAAUUAAUAUUUGUGUCAUUCUCAAAACUUUUGACCACGACUGUAUAUGUGUGUCUGUUUAACUGUCAGAGGUGAAGGAUCAGAGGUCACAGCAGGUCGGGGGCUAGAUGUCAGAGGUCAUGUCUACCGUGGCAUUCCAGGACCUUCCUCUCAAUAUCUACAUGGUCAUCUUCGGGACCGGAGUCUUCGUCUUCGUCCUGAGCCUCAUCUUCUGCUGCUACUUCAUCAGGUAAACAUAUCUAUCUGUCAGUCUGUCAGUCUAUCUAUCUAUCUAUACUGAAAAAAUAUAUAAACGCAACAUGCAACAAUUUCAAAGAUUUUACUGAGUUACAGUUCAUAUAAGGAAAUCAGUCAAUUGAAAUAAAUUCAUUAGGCCCUAAGUUAUGGAUUUCACAUGACUGGGAAUACAGAUAUGCAUCUGUUGGUCACAGAUAACUUUAAAAAAGGUAGGGGCGUGGAUCAGAAAACCAGUCAGUAUCUGGUGUGACCACCAUUUGCCUCAUGCAGCGUGACACAUCUCCUUCGCAUAGAGUUGAUCAAGCUGUUGAUUGUGGCCUGUGGAAUGUUGUCCCACUCCUCUUCAAUGGCUGUGUUUGUUGUCCAUAGCUUAUGCCUGCCCAUACCAUAAUCCCACCUCCACCAUGGGGCACUCUGUUCACAACGUUGACAUCAGCAAACCACUCGCCCACACAACGCCAUACACACUGUCUGCCAUCUGGCCGGUACAGUUGAAACCAGGAUUCAUCAGUGAAGAGCAAAUUUGCAUUCUCUUAACUGACGUUGGAGGCGGCUUAUGAUAGAGAAAUUAACAUUCAGUUCUCUGGCAGCAGCUCUGGUGGAGAUUCCUGCAGUCAGCAUGCCAAUUGAACGCUUCCUCAAAACUUGAGACAUCUGUGGCAUUGUGUUGUGACAAAAUUGACCAUUUUAGAAUGGCCUUUUUUUGUCGCCAGCACAAGGUGCAACUGUGUAAUGAUCAUGCUGUUUAAUCAGCUUCUUGAUAUGCCACACCUGGCAAAGGAGAAAUGCUCACUAACAGGUAUGUAAACAAAUGUGUGCACAACAUUUGAGAGAAAAAAGCUUUUGUGCAUAUGGAAAAUGUCUGUGAUCCUUUAUUUCAGCUCAUGAAACAUGGGACCAACACUUUACAUGUUGCAUUUAUAUUUUUGUUCAGUCUCUCUAUCUCUAUCUAUUCAUCAUUCUAUCAUUCUGUCUUUUGGAACCCUUUUUUCUAAGAGUGUAGUGGUGGUUGCAUCAUGUUAUGGGUAUGCUUGUACUGGAGAGUUUUUCAGGAUAGAAAAUAAAUGGAAUGGAACUAAGCACAGGCAAAAUCCUAGAGGAAAACCUGGUUCAGUUUGAAUUCCACCAGAGACUGGGAGAUUAGUUCACCUUUCAGCAGGACAGUAACCUAAAACACAAGGCCAGUGACCAGAAAUCUCAAUUUAAACUAUUUAAAAUUCAGGCUGUAACAAAAUGUAGAAAAAGUCAUGGGGUGUGAAUACUUUCUGAAGGCACUGUAAGAGGUGGGUCCUGAGUUAUGAGAAUACAUCUACGGACGUGUGUGUAUUUGUGAGAGAGACUGUUAUUACUGUUACUGUGACUAAGGCUUCUCUAAAAAGGUCCUCAGAAUCGGGUCCAGGCUAUUGUUGUUAUGGGAGACACCAUUCUCACCCCCUUCUGACCCCCUCCUCAUGUUUCCUCUGUCCUUAAGUACUUCCUAACUCAAACAAUCAGUUGCAGAUGCUUAUCAGCAUGGUUUGUCCCUGAGUCUAUUUAAGGCUUCAGACAGCAGCCCCAGGCUGGAACUAAAAGUGUGUUGUGUUGUGGUGUGUUGUGUUUCUGUUGUGUUGUGUUGUGGUGUGUUGUGACAAAGAGGAUAUAUGACAGUGGUAGCUGGAAACUGCUCUGGUAUCUGAAGAGCUCUUGAGCCUUAAUGGAGUGGGAUAGUGUUCUGUGUGAACAACACAGCACUGUGUCCAGGGUAUGAGCCUCUCUGCUCCACAAUGUGGUCCUUUCACAGUGGCAGAGCGGAGAGGAAAGGGGGCCCAUUGAAACUGACUGGGCACAGUGAGCGCGUGCCUCUUUACUAAGAUGUAUCUGUUGGAUGAAAACGUGGUACCGUACUUUGUCAUUUGUAGACAGAAUUAAUUAUCCCUGUUAAAGUAACAUUUGAAAACUGAAAUAUCAUCAUGACUAUCUCUAUGUAUAUCGCUCUGGUUGGAAGCUGCCAGUGUCAGCGGAUGUCACUCAAACAGGUUGAUUCAGACAGCUGAUGUCUAUGUCUGUGUGUGUGUCUGUCUGUCUGUACGUAUUCUCACUCAGUUGGACUAAAAGUAUCUCCUCUCUUUCUCUUCUCUCCUAGUAAACUCAGGCACCAGGCCCAACGAGAAAGGUUUGGAUACAAAGCGGUAAGCCACAUCACAACAACACCACACAGCUAUAGGAUGUCACAUUACUGCACAGUGUCUUCUGUAAGUCAGUCAUGUUCAGCACAUUGCAUGUAUAACACAGUUACGUCAUCACAUCUUUGCGUACAAACUCAGGGUACAUUCCAUGUCACCUCUAGUGCAGUCGUGCUGUGUAGAUUAUCAGAAGCGCCUGGUGAAGUCCUUAACAUCUCAGAAAUACAUUAGAGAAAUCUAUUGUAACUGCAAUGAAGACAGCCUGGAACGCCAUCUCAAUCCUCACAGUGUCUUAGGCCCCCUAGUGAUGAGUGCAGAAACAUCCAAAUGAUAUUUUAGUCAUCAAACAUCCCUUCAUCUUUUGAAUUGAAAAUGUGUUUCAUUCAAUGUCUGUCUCGCAAUUCUAGCUCUAAUCAAUUAUGCUUUUUCACAGGUGGUGUUCAAAGGGGAUACAAAGAAACUGAAUCUACACGGGGUUAGUUCUGUCACAUGAUUAGUUCAGUUUUUUCAUCUUUUCAUUAUGCCUCUUUAGUACUGACUCUUUUUACUAUUUUACUCCCCAUCGCUGUCUCCCUCCCCUCCUCUCUCUCGCUCUCUCUUUUCUCUCUCUCCUUAUCCCCUGGUUUAUCUCUCUCUCUCCCCAUUGUGCUCCCUCCCCUUCUCUCAAUCGCAGCAGACAUGUGCGGUGUGCUUGGAGGACUUCAGAGUAAAAGAUGAGCUAGGAGUGUUGCCAUGCCAACAUGCCUUUCACCGGAGGCAAGUGUCACUUCACCUCACACCAAGCAGAUGGAAAUGAUGUGCCAGUGUGUGCGUGUGUGUUACUGAGGUGUUGCUUGUCCUGCAGGUGCCUGGUGAAAUUGCUAGAGGUGCUGUCUGUGAGUGUAUGUGCGUGCGUGCGUGCAUGUGUAUCUGUACAUGCGUGUGUGCUUGCAUGUGUACAUACAGUGCCUUCGGAAAGUAUUCAGGCCCCUUGACUUACCUUUUCCACAUUUUGUUACGUUACAGCCUUAUUCUAAAAUGGAUUAAAUAAAAUAAUGUUCCUCAGCAAUCUACACACAAUACCCCAUAAUGACAAAGCGAAAACAAGCUUUUAGAUUUUUUAGCAAAUUUAUAAAAAAUUAAAAACAGAAAUACCAUAUUUAUAUAAGUAUUCAGACCCUUUGCUAUGAACUCUAAAUUAAGCUCAGGUGCAUCCUGUUUCCAUUGAUCAUCCUUGAGAUGUUUCUGCAACUUGAUUGGAGUCCACCUGUGGUAAAUUCAAUUGAUUGGACAUGAUUUGGAAAGGCACACAACUGUCUAAAUAAGGUCCCACAGUUGACAGUGCAUGUCAGAGCAAAAACCAAGCCAUGAGGUCGAAGGAAUUAGAGUAGAGCUCCGAGACAGGAUUGUGUUGAGGCACCGAUCUGGGGAAGGGUACCAAAAAAUGUCUGCAGCAUUGAAGGUCCCCAAGAACACAGUGGCCUCCAUCAUUCUUAAAUGGAAGAAGUUUGGAACCACCAAUACUCUUCCUAGAGCUUCCUGCCCGGCCAAACUGAGCAAUCGGGGGAGAAGGGCCUUGCUCAGGGAGGUGACCAGGAACCCGAUGGUCACUCUGACAGAGCUCUAGAGUUCCUCUGUGGAGAUGGGAGAACCUUCCAGAAGGACAACUAUCUCUGCAGUACUCCACCAAUCAAGCCUUUAUGGUAGAGUGGCCAGACGGAAGUAAAAGGCACAUGAAAGCCCGCUCGGAGUUUGCCAAAAGGCACCUAUAGACUCUCAGACCAUGAGAAACAAGAUUCUUUGGUCUGAUGAAACCAAGAUGUAACUCUCUGGCCUGAAUGCCAAGCGUCACGUCUGUAGGAAACCUGGCACCAUCCCUACGGUGAAGCAUGGUGGUGGCAGCAUCAUGCUGUGUGGAUGUUUUUCAGCGGCAGGGACUGGGAGACUAGUCAGGAUCGAGGCAAAGAUGAACGGAGCAAAGUACAGAGAGAUCCUUGAUGAAAACCUGCUCCAGAGAGCUCAGGACCUCAGACUGGGGCGAAGGUUCACCUUCCAACAGGACAACGACCCUAAGCACACAGCCAAGACAUUGCAGGAGUGGCUUCAGGACAAGUCUCUGAAUGUCCUUGAGUGGCCCAGCCAGAGUCCAGACUUGAACCCAAUCUAACAUCUCUGGGGAGACCUGAAAAUAGCUGUGCAGCAACGCUCCCCAUCCAACCUGACAGAGCUUGAGAGGAUCUGCAGAGAAGAAUGGGAGAAACUCCCCAAAUACAGGUGUGCCAAGCUUGUAGCGUCAUACCCAAGAAGACCCGAGGCUGUAAUUGCUGCCAAAGGGUCUGAAUACUUAUGUAAAUGUGAUAUUUCUGUUUUUUAUUUUUUUAAAAUAAAUAAAUUAGCAAACAUUUCUAAAAACCUGUUUUUGCUUUGUCAUUAUGGGGUAUUGUGUGUAGACUGAUGAGGGGAAAAAACAAUUUAAUCAAUUUUAGAAUAACGACGUAACGUAACAAAAUGUGGUAGAAGUCAAGGGGUCUGAAUACUUUCCGAAGGCACUGUAUAUGUCUGUGUUAUACUGACUUGUUGCUUGGCCCUGCAGGUGCCUGGUGAAGUGGCUGGAGGUGCGCUGUGUGUGUCCCAUGUGUAACAAGCACAUCGCUGGGCCACCUGAACAACGCCACAGUCUGGGCACACUGCUGGACGAACUGGUG